CGUUAUAUAAACUGGUUACACAACCAAACCUAUAUAAGAGCUGAUGGUCCUGAGUUACCGGCAGCUACACGGCGUCAUCAUGAAGGUACUUGCAGUCAUCUCCCUCCUCUGUUUCGUGUCUCUAGGGUAUUGCCAGCAGGGUAAUUUGGUGGAGCUUGCGGAAAAGCUUGGCGCCAAGACUCUGGUAACCCUUGUCAAGGAGGCUGGUCUUGCCGAAACCCUUUCGACCGGAGGUCCCUUCACUAUCUUCGGUCCCACCGAUGAUGCUUUCACCAAGUUGCCACGCGUCAUUAUUGAUUACCUAAAGAAGAACAAGACAGCGCUACAGGAUGUCCUAAAAUAUCACGUGGUCAGUGGAAAGGUGUACUCCUCUCAGCUGUCCAACGAACUCCAGGCUGCCUCUUUGUUGACUCCAGCCAAGAUUAGGAUCAACAUUUACCAGGGCGGCAAGGUGGUGACUGCCGAUGGCUCGCCAAUUGUGAAGGUUGACCAAAACGCCAAAAACGGUGUGAUCCACGUAGUAGACCGUGUAAUGUUUCCCAUCCCGAUCGAGUCUAUGGUGGACAUGGUGAAGGCCGAUCGUCAGCUUAAAACCCUUCUCGCUGCCGUUACUGCCGCCGGCAUAGGUGGCGCUCUCGGUGCCGACGGUCUGACCCUCUUUGCUCCGACAGACAAAGCCUUCGCCAAGCUUCCAGCCGGCACACUGGACAACCUACUGAAGAACAAGACCGCUUUGACCGAGGUACUGACGUACCAUGUUGUCAAGGGAACAGCCUUCAGCGCAGGUCUGACCCUCUUUGCUCCGACAGACAAAGCCUUCGCCAAGCUUCCAGCCGGCACACUGGACAACCUACUGAAGAACAAGACCGCUUUGACCGAGGUACUGACGUACCAUGUUGUCAAGGGAACAGCCUUCAGCGCAGGUCUGACUGACGGAGAGAAGGUCGCCACGCUGGAGGGCAAGGACCUCUCCAUCUCACUGGAUAAUGGUAUGGUAAAGGUAGAUAACGCUAUGGUUAUCCGUCCUGAUGACGCCGUAAGCAACGGAGUUAUCCACAUCAUCGACAGCGUCCUUCUUCCGCCACAGUACAAACGUCACUUCCGGCUCAAUAAUUGAACAUCACUUCAAUCAUAAAUACCAGCUACAUGUCAAUUUCAUGUGUAUAUUGAUCAUUGAUUUGUUAUUGUUGUAUUGUCAAAGGAAAAAAUAAAAAUAUUUUUUACAAAUG